AUGGCAACUCCGUCGCAAAACGACGUCGCUUACUUCAAGCGAAUGACCGGCGCACCCGAGUCUCUUGCACUCCAAAGGAUAGAGGAAUCGGGAGGAAACGUGAAUGAAGCUAUUAAUGCUCAUUUCCAGCAAUAUAAUAAUACACCAAUAAUCAGAAAUCGAGGUUGGUUAAGUUGGAUGAUGGCCCUGUUGCUUUUUGUUGCUAGAAUGUUUAGACCGUCACUACUACUUAAUAGAAUUUAUAAGAGAAGAGAACUUAUUAGAGGUUCACCUAAUGGAAUUAAUGGUGCUAGUGAUAGUAAUUUACAUUCACCACAAUAUGCUGUUUCUACAAUUCAAAAUGAAACCGAAAAUUCGCCACGUGAAGCUCGUGAUUAUCAUUACAAUGACCAUUAUUCAUCAGAUCCCAGUGUCUCACAGCAUGUAUCUGAUAAUGAUGUUGAUAAUGAUGUUGAGGAAGAUAUGAUUCGAGCUGCAAUUGAGGCUUCAAUGAAUACCAAUGUUAAUGGUUCAUUGGACGAUGAUGAUUUGGCUGAAGCACUUUCACUGUCCUUAAAGACUGCGGCUGAAGAAGAAAAAGAACGUGAAUUUAUAGUUAAAGAAAUAAUAAGCAAAAUAGAGCAAAGCAAAGCAACAACAGCAGAAGAAUCGGACAUGAGUAUCAUACUGCCGUUCAGUGGUUUCUGGGUUUGUAGACUGGGGAAGAACGGGUGGAACCGCGGACUCGACAAGGGCUGGAGCUCUGUGUCAGCGAGAGAUGGAGGGCUAGCUGGAACGGGUUGGGGCAACGGUAGCGAUCAGGCAGCGGCAGCGGCUCUAGGGUUGUAA